AUGAUAGGCAAACCUAUUUAUGCAAGAGAUGGGACUCUACUGCAUGAUGGAAAGUAUGGAAUAUUUCCAUUUGUCAAAAAACAGAUGACAAAGAAAAAGAGCAAAAACAAAGAAGCUGGUACAUUGGAAACUAAGGCUGUACAGAAUGUCAACAAAGAUGAUAUAAGAGAAAUGCUAAUGGAACACAUCAUCCCAGCAAUACACCAACAAUGGCCAGAGAGUGUCCCAAAAAAUGUCAAAAUACAAUGGGACAAUGCAAGGCCUCAUCAAAUUCCAAAAGAUGAAGAAUGCAUUGCUACAUGUCAUGCUAAUGGUUUGAAUAUAGAAAUGGUGUAUCAACCAGCUCAAUCUCCUGACUUGAAUGUCUUAAACCUAGGGUUGUUCAAAGCCAUUCAGUCCCUACAAUAUCAAUCCUUCCCCACAACUUUGGAUGACUUAAUCAAAGAGGUGAUCAAUGCAUACAAUGCUUUUGAGGCUAAGGCCAACAAGUAUAUAUGGCUUACAUUACAGUCAGUCAUGAUAAAGGUCCUGGAAAAACAGGGAGGAAACAACUUCUCACCACCUCAUAUGAAGAAGAAGAAGAUUGACAAGUUAGGUGUACUUCCUAAACAUCUACAUGUUCCUAGGCAGUUGAUACAUCAAGCUGUGAAUUAUCUAGACACCAUGUUCAUUCCAACAACAAAUGCAGUAGAUGACCAACAAAUGGAAGUUGAUGCUGACUGA